AUGUCAACUCCAUCAGUACAAACUUUUGGUAAAAAGAGAACCGCCACCGCCGUUGCACACGUCAAGGCUGGUAAGGGUUUAAUCAAAGUCAACGGUGCUCCAAUUACUGUUGUUGAACCAGAAAUCUUACGUUUCAAAGUUUACGAACCAUUAGUCUUAGUCGGAUUAGACAAGUUUCAAAACAUUGACAUCAGAAUCAAAGUCUCUGGAGGUGGUCAUGUCUCCCAAGUUUACGCUAUUAGACAAGCUAUUGCUAAGGGAUUGAUUGCAUACCAUCAAAAAUUUGUUGAUGAAGCUUCCAAGAACGAAUUAAAGAAAGUCUUCGCUUCCUACGAUAAGACCUUGUUAGUUGCCGACUCCAGAAGAAUGGAACCAAAGAAGUUCGGUGGUCGUGGUGCAAGAGCAAGAUUCCAAAAAUCUUACCGUUAA